UAUAGAUGUAAAUAUUUCUUUUGCUUUUUUUCUUCAUAUUUUAGAUUAGAUUGGUUAAUUGUUUAAUUAGUUUUAGUAGUUUAUUAUUAUUAAAAUUAUUUGAAAUUAAACAGGAAGUUGCCAUACUCGAAAGUUUUGAAGUGAACAGCAGACCAGUUGUUGUUGAUGUUCAUCAUGUGCACAUGGACAUGGCUAUUAGGAACGACCUUGAAAUGGUUCAAGAGACCGGUAGAUAUCUUCCAACUGCACAAACUUUGUCUCGAUUUAGAAACCACUAUUUUCAACUACCACAUACUUUGGACAUUGACCACAUGUCUUAUGAGGAACUACUUCUAUUGAGUGAACAUAUUCCCCGGGUUGAAACUGGUCUAUCUGCUGAAAACAUAAAUCUUAGAACUAGAACACAUAUAUUUGUUGAGUCACAAUUAUCUUCUUCUAGUAAUGGAACUAAUGACUUUUGUGUUAUAUGUCAGGAAAACUAUACAAAAUUUCAAAAGAUUGGAAGUCUUGAUUGUGAGCACGCGUACCAUAUUGAUUGCAUAAAGAGUUGGCUAAAGAUAAACAAUAUUUGUCCUAUCUGCAAAUCUCCUGGGUUGACAAAAGUCGAAGAACGACAGAUUGAAUGACUAUUUUAUUUUAUUUUUUAGAAUU